AUGACUUUGAAAGUGAGCAGCAGAGCUGAUAUGACGAGGAAGUUAAGUGUCCUGGAUUCACCUGCGGCACCUGCCCGCGCCCCGAAGCCUCCACCUCCGCAGCGUCAGCCGAACCCUACACUCCACCCCAGCUCCCUGGAGGCACCGCCACCGCUCAGCAACCCGCCGGCAGGGCCAGGGCCCCCGGAGUCCGGCUCCCGCCCCACCCCGGCGGCAGAGGCCAGGCCCCGGCCCAGCACCGAAGCGAUCCUCACGAGGCCGGCCAGCCCGCCGCUCCCCUCCUCCGACUCGGUGCCGCACGCUACCUGCGCGGCCCGGCGGCGCGGGAGGCAUAGGCAGGGCGGUGGUGCGGACUCACCUGCGCCAGCCCCGUCAGCGCCGGCCGGACACUGCAGCUUCCUGGGGCGAGAGAGCGCCGGUUACGCGGCCUGGGCACCCUCAGCAGGCAGGGCCGGGACUCGGGCGGCCCCUCUGCGCCUGCGCCUCCGCGCGGCCGGGUCUCGAGGGGCACCGCCUGCAGCGAGGGCAACUGCCGGCCGAGGGGCUCGCGGGCGCUGCGGGAGGGCCGAUGCCUAG